AUGAAGCGCCUACUUCCAGUUUCAUCAGCAAUGGCGAGAGGGGGACGUAGGGCGCACCCCGUGGUGAGUUUUCUUCUCUCCUGUCAGCUCCGAACAACUUGACCAUCUGUUACUAAUGGACUUUUUCCUUAUUUAUGACUAUAUUUUAGAAACCGGCAGUCAUUUCAUCAAAGAGCCUUACGAAAAGACGAAAGAUUGACCCGACCCAUAAUUCAGAAGAAGGGAGUGAGAACGGCACACAGCCUGUAGAAUCUGGAAACACUGAUCCCGGUACCACUCACCGAGCCGUGAAUAAGGAGGUAAUCUGUCUACAAUUUAUUUUUCCCAGGACUCUAGACCCACCUAUUCAUGGUGCCGAGCGUACCCGGGCUCGACUGUAAGCUUAAUGGACGCAUCUUUAAAAGACGCAAGCUUAUGGACAUUCAAAUGCGUCACAUGGAACGUGAAUGGGUUACGGGCGUGGAUAAAAGUAGAAACAAUUCUUUCUAAUGCCUUCUUAUUAGAAUGGAGGGCUCGACUAUGUUUUAGAAGAGCAGCCUGA